AGCAUGAAGACAGUGAAACGGAAAUUGCGGCUGCAUUUCUGCUUCCUAAACACUCCAAGGACAGAAAAAGGUUACUUGAGAAGCUUCGAAACAGAGGCAACUAUGAACAUAAUCAAGAGGUUAUGGCGAAUAAGAGUGGACCACUGAAGGUUAGAAGACGACCAGUAAGAUCCGAGAUCGAAUUGAGUACCAAAACAUAUGUGCACUGCAUAUACUGUAAAGGCCUGUUUGUUCGCAAGGAGUUGUGGCGCCAUACACGGAGAUGUCCUUCAAAGAUUUGUUCCGAAUCUGAAGCAACUGGUAAGGCCAAAGUUCUAGUUUUGGCUGAUAUUGCAGAGUCAACAUUCUCUCAAGCAAUCUCUCCUGAAGUGUGGAAAAUCUUGGGAAAUAUGAAGAAUGAUGACAUUUCAUCUGUUGUUCGAAAUGAUUUUCUCAUACUGCAGUUGAGUCAGAGUCUUUACAACAAACACGGAAGUGAUCCAACAAAAUUUGAAUACAUCAGACAGAAGGUACGGGAAGUGGGCAGACUCUUGCUAAGCAUGAAAAAAAAAUUCGCCAUACUUAGCUUUGAAGAUGCUUUGAAGCCAAACAAUUUUUACAAAGUCAUUGAGGCCGUGAAAGAUGUUGCUGGUUAUGAAGAAAAGAGCCACUCAUAUAAGACACCAAGUCUUGCACUAAAGUUAGGACAUUCACUUAACAAAAUUGCUGACAUCAUUCUCUGCAGGGCCAUCGCAGGAGAGGAUGAUGCUCUGACGAAAGCAGCAGAGCGAUUCAAAAGACUCUGCUCAAGUGAAUGGGCAGAACAUGUCUCCCAUGCUGCUCUUGCUACUUUAAGCAAAUCAAAGUUCAACAAACCAUCUACCAUACCAUUCACACAUGAUGUGCAGCUUCUCCACCAGUGCCUAGAGAAGAAAUCAGCUGAUGCUUUUGAAAACCUGAAAAACCACGAGUCUUCACAGGCAUACGCAGAACUCGCCAAAGUGACACUGGCACAAGUAAUCAUCUUUAACCGACGUCGUGCAGGAGAAGUUUCAAAAAUGACACUUGAGUGUUUUAUGAAAAGAGACCAAACUGAGCUCCAUGAGGACAUAGCUCUUGGUCUGUCUCCGUUUGAGCAAAAAAUGUCCAAGCAUUUCAGCAGAGUAGAAAUAAUGGGCAAAAAAGGGAGAAAAGUUGCUGUUCUGCUAAGCCCUGAUCUUGUUGGAGCAAUACAACUUCUUGUGGACAAGAGACAUUCAUGUGAAGUAGAUGGGGACAACCCCUUUCUAUUUGCAAGACCAAAGUGUUCAGCCACUAGUUUCUUCAGGGGACAAGACUGCAUCAGGCUUUUUGCAAAUCAGUGUGGUGCCCAGAACCCUGAAUAUCUCAGAUCUACACAACUCCGUAAGCAGGUUGCAACAAUGUCCCAGAUUCUUAAUCUUAAGGAUAAUGAGCUGGAUCAGCUUGCCAACUUUUUGGGCCAUGACAUUCGGGUCCAUAGAGACUAUUAUCGGUUGCCAGAUGCAACUAUAGAAAUUGCAAAAAUCUCAAAGCUGCUUCUGGCAAUGGAGAAAGGAACCCUUGCAAGUUUCCAAGGAAAGUCUCUUAGUGAAAUUGAGAUUGAAGAUGAAAUUGAUCCUGAAUUAGACGACGAAGAAGAAAGUGAUGAAGACGGCGAAGAAUCGGAUUCUCUCCAUGGAGUAAAUGGAAACAAAAAGAGGGUGGACCAUGUAAAGUCGACCCAGGAUGAGGAGACUGAAAGUUCCAACGGAAAACGAAAAAUGCCCCCAAAUGAGCCUGUCAGCUCCACAGGAAAACGAAAAAUGCCCCCAAAUGACCCUGUCAGCUCCACAGAGGCCAAAUCAAGGAGAAUCGUUAAAAGGCCAUGGACUGCCAAUGAAGUGAAUGCCGUUAUGAAACAUUUUAAAGUCCAUAUUUCAAAGGGACAUCUCGCAACAAAGGCAGAGUGUGAGCAGUGCAAGGCUGCAGAGGACCCUGUGCUAGCAGAAAGAACUGUACAAAACAUCAGGGAUUUCGUGAGGAACCGAGGUUUGAUGUUGUUAAAAAAAAAUAGUUCUUAGACAGAUUAUGGUCACCUUCUUUUAAGGUUUGUGGCUUUUGUUACUGUAAGUUUACAAGUUAAAUGACUGGCUAACUAUUGUUCUCUUGUUAAAACUUUAAAAUCUCUCAUUUCCAUAGUUAAACCCAGAUCGUUCUUACAAUACUAGGUCGUCAUUUACAUACACACACCUAACUAACACCCGAUUGAGAAGACGAUUUGGGUUUAGCUAGAUAUCAUUCACAUACACGCACCUCGGAAACACUUAAUUCCUGUCCAUGUUAACCAAAAUUGUCCUCAUAAUCAGAUAUUACUUAGGUGUGUGUGUAUGUACGUGAUUGAUGUCCAGUUAAACCCAAAUUGUCCUCACAAUUAAGUGUUACUAAGGUGUGUGUGUGUGUGUAUGUGAUUGUCCAUGUAAACCCGAAUUGUCCUCACAAUUAAGUGUUAUUGAGUUGUGUGUGUGUAUGUGAAUGAUGUCCAGGUAAACCCGAAUUGUCCUCACAAUUAAGUGUUACUGAGUUGUGUGUGUGUAUGUGAAUGAUGUCCAGGUAAACUCAAAUUGUCCUCACAAUUAAGUGUUACUAAGGUGUGUUUGUGUGUGUGUGUAUGUGAAUGAUGUCCAGUUAAACCCAAAUUGUCCUCACAAUUAAGUGUUACUAAGGUGUGUGUAUGUGAUUGUCCAUGUAAACCCGAAUUGUCCUCACAAUUAAGUGUUAAUGAGUGUUGUGUGUGUGUAUGUGAUUGAUGUCCAGGUAAACCCAAAUUGUCCUCACAAUUAAGUGUUACUGAGGUGUGUGUUUGUGUAUGUGAUUCAUGUCCAGGUAAAUCCAAAUUGUCCUCACAACUCAGUAACACUUAAUUGUGUGUUUGUGUAUGUAAAUGAUGUCCCAUUGACCCCAGAUUUAUUCCCAUGAAGGGUUAGUUAGGUGUGAGAGUACAACACUAUUUUCUUGAAAUACCA